GUCUCGUUACCGGCGCGCUGAAUGAAAGAUAUAAACGGCAGUCAGGCAAUAAAGAGUCGAAAUUUCAUGACAUUAAUUGGAAAACUGCAGCUGUCUUGGCUAAAAAAAAACCUUCCCAGCUGACCCCAUAAUGCUUCGCUAUUCUUUCAGGUCACUGGUGAAGAGAACAUUCUGAAGUGCCAAGAUGAUAUAUAUACCUGCAAUGAUCAUGCUAGUUCUGACCACUUGAAACCAGUUAAUGGAUAACCAUGGAUGAUGACAAAGGAAAGGACCAGACUGAACAAUCUGAAGACAGCAACUCCCUGGAUCUUGUUGGUAAAGGCAAGGAAUGUCCAGAUGAAUCCCAAGGUGUUUCUGAAGAGGCGAAGGGAGAAGCCCAUACAGGGAAAUCAUUACAGGAUGCAGAAGAGACGAGUACCAUUGGAAGUGGUAAUGAAGUAGAAAGAGUAGGAAUUUUCAAAGCUUUGGAAUUCUCUGAAGGUUUAGCUCACCAGCCUGAAGCAAAGAAGAAUACUGAUACUGUGGAAGAUGUAGCUACAACACCUGUAGCAGCUUGUCCUCCGGAAGUUCACAAAGAUGUGCAAACUGCAGACCUUGGAGGAGAGCAAAGCAAAAUACACAGUAUUCAUCCAUCUAGUGAUGACCCUUGUAUUAAUGUUCAAACAAGCCAGCAUGAAGAACCAAUGAUGUCCAUGUCUUCUGCUAAAGAGACUUGUCUUAGCAUGGGGAAGGAGGAUGUGAAAAUUCUCAUUGAUCAAGGACUCGAUAGCCAGCCAUCAACACCGAGAAAGGAUUCUGAGAUGUUGGAUGAGCCCAUGUUGACUGAAUCUCCUGCGUAUAGUGAGGAUGGUAAGCUUGUCAUUGGUACUCCAAGGUCUUGGGGAUCUCCAGGUGUGGGAGCCAUUCCUAUAAAGCCCUUUGAUAAAGUUGACAGGACCAGGCUUCCUGCAGACUUGGGUAGUGAGGGAGAUAUCGUGGGGGACUUUUUGCCAGUAGACUCUACUCCCUCUACCAGUGAAUGCCCUCUUCCGGGUAGUCACUCCACCCCUUCAGCCAGCCAGUGCACUGCAUCGGCCAGUCACUGCACCCCUUCUACCAGUUACAAUGAGACCACAGAGACAGACUUGUCCCUGAACCAGACUCCUAGUACUGGUCCCAAGACAAUCAGAUCUAAGAAGCGGAAGAAGAGAAAGCUUACCUUUGCUCGCAAGAAGCAACGUACCAUGAUGCCAGUCGUCAACCAAGCACUUGAUCUUGACAAUGAUUUAGAAAGGAAACUGGAGGAAAAUGCAGCAAAGAACAACCUAACUGCCAUCAAUGUCAAAAGCAUUUUACACCAUGUGAUAACCAACGAACAUGUGCUGUCAAUGGUGAGAAAUACAAUGAAAGAUGCUGGGUUGGUGGAGAUUGAACAAGAACCUGCCCCUUAUACACCAAAGUUGACAAGAGCAAAGUUAAAAGAAGCAACAGAAAAGGUUGGCAAUAUGCCCUAUGUGUGGCCGCUGUCACCUGUGAAAAACAAGAAAGCAACUCCUGGAUUCAUCGAGAUCAACUUCUCCGAUGAUACCUCUUCAGAUGAUGAGGAUUAUGAUCCCAACCUGGAUGAACUCAUGAUGAGAGAGGAGAGUGAUUAUGAGAGUGUCACAUCCCAGAUGAGCGAUUUUGGUUCUCCGUGUGCAAGUACCCCGCCCCGAUCCGUACAACAGAGCAUCACUGAGAGUGAGAUGGAGGACAGCCCCACCCCUACCCCAGCCCCUGACCACGCCCCCACCCCCACCACAAACACACCUAAGACCAUUCCCAGACCCAUAGCCAAACACAUGCAGGUUGCCCCUGUACCCAUGGGACCGCCUCCUCCUCCCAUCAACCCCGACAGGCUUGGGGAUGAUGAUGCGUUUCUAAGGGAGUUGGCAGCCGUCACAAAGCAGGAGGCCAACAUAAUUGCCCAUCGCACCCGAUCAAAGCUAACUAUCGACAAACCCCUUGAGGUCAUAGAAGCUUCUUUUGUAGCUCCUGAUGCUGAACAUGACACAAAUGAUGUGAGUGAUGUGUAUGAGUCAGACCAUGAAGAUAGUGAAUGGAAGAAGUGGCUUGCAUCUCUCUACAAGACUGAAGAUACUGCUAACACAGAGCCAACUGAUGAUGAACAGAACGACCCAGAAUACAACUUUCUUGCAGAAGAAGAAACACUUGACAGAGAGGAUUUCAGGACAGAUAGGGCUGUGCGUGUCAGCAAGAAAGAGCUGAAUGAGCUUCUAGAUGAGGUCGUCGAAGCUUAUGGGGAUGAAGUUGACUGGCUAGAUGAUUUUGACAUGAACCAAUUUGACCAAGAACCUCAGUCAUCAGCCCUAAACAAUUUGAUGCAUCAGAAGCAGAAGUUCUCCCCAUCCAAAUUCUACACCAUGCCUUCUUCUUACUCUGGGAUGCUGUCCGCCCCGUCACCUACCUCUAAGGCUUCCACAUCAUCCAAGUUUCGGCUCGGAGAAGUGCUAUCAUCCAUCAUGGCCACAACAUCUUCAGCAGAUGCAACACCCGUGGAAACUCCAGACGCAACGGUCAUUGAGGCAACUGCAGCUACCGCAGCAGAGACAACAGCAUCCACCAUAGAGGCAACUGCAAUGUCUGCAUCAAUACCUGAGGAAAGAGAUUCACGUGUCCAGACAGCAUCAGAAGCAGUGGCAACUCAGGCAACUGGUCAACCUCUAUCACAAGAAACCUAUCCUCCACCACAACAGACACACCAGCAGGUGCAACCAUCUGGAGAAUCUGUGCCAACAGUUCCUGCAGUGGUUCAACAGCAGGAUCGUGGGGUAAUCAUCCCGCAGGCUCCCCCUGUUGCAUGGACCAUCGAGGCCAAGACACUGCCUUCCUUGACCCUGAACGCAGGAGAGCUUGAACAGUUUCAACAACAGAUGCAGCAGCAUAUCCAGUUGCUUUGUCAAAUGUACCUAAUGGCAAGGGAAAAUGACACACUUAAAGAUUGUACAAACCAGGCUAAACAGUUCUUGACUGAGCUAGAUUUACUUGCUGGUGUGAAUGAGGAAGGGAUGAAGAGCCAGGGGAACUUCGGACAGGCCCAAUUCCAUUCUUUCUUCCGUGCUUGUAACCUGGAUGGGGCUCUGGAACUGUUGAAAACCCCCAGAUCCCCAUUCAAACAAAUUGACGAGGAGUCUUCAGACAAAAAGUCUGGGCCACGACCCAAGGCCCCACCCCUUCAGACGACUCUCCGUAACCUGAUCGCUAAGAGCGAUGUCUUCAUCCACAUUGAACUCUUGCCUAAAGCCAUGUACCAUGACAUCUCCAGAAGUGCUAAAAUCGUUUUUGUGGAAGGUGAAGACAAGUUGAUUGUGAGGGGUCUUGAUCAGUUUGGUACAUUUGAAGAUAGAUUUCAGCUGAUCCAGAAUCUCAUGAUGCCCUGUAAAACAGCAGCUCAGAUUAGGAACCGAAUAAAAAAUCUAUUCUGCUAUCGCAAAUGCAAGGUCAAUGUCAAGAAUCCCAUUGUGAUCUACAAGACCACUAAUCAUAUAGUCCAUUCCCCGUCCAUGUGUUCCGUGGUGAAACCCAAUGAAGCCACUGCUCCAAUCAACAUUAAGAGCAAUAAACUACCAAAAUGGGUUCUUCCAAUACAGGGUGUUCAUGUCCAUAUAAAAGAAUGCCUCAUGGAAGUUAAGAAAGAAAAGGCUAAGCAACAUAUGCCAAAGCUUUCUCCACUCAAGCCAAAGAUCCAAGCUCCCAUUCAAAUAACUACCAGAGACCAGUUGAUGGGCCAAACUCAAGUCCAGGUACCAGUCCGAGACGUAGGUCCUGCAACAGGCAACUCAGUUCCAGUCCUCACUCAGCUACCCCCAGAAGCAUCACGCUAUAUCCUUGCACCCAAUGUUGGGCUAACUGCAGGAGGAUUGCUACUGCAGCCUGGGCAGCAGAUCCUUCCUCAGGGUCUCCUACCAAGAACUGUUUGUGAGGUUAAAUAUAUGAUAGACAGCCCCCAGAUGUCACCCAUGGCUGCAGGAAGUACACCUGGUAUCCCACAACUGCCAAGUGGUGUACAAUCUGUGUCUGUACCAUCUACAACUCAAGCUGAUGCAAAUCCCAGUGCAAAUCCUGUUGUAAAUCUUCCAUCAAGCAACACUGUGUCACUUGCUUCACUUCAUGUCAAAGGGCUGCUAGCUGCAGAUGUCACAGCAUCAACCACGCAAGCAUCGCAAGUUGAUCAGUCUACCAGUGCAGAUGCUGCCUAUGUGACAGGGACUACUACAAAUGUAACAUCUAUCACUGCCUCCCAAAUGGAGUUACACAACACUUUGGCUACUACAAAGACUACAUCACAUUCUGUGGUUAGAACUCUUCAGUUUUCUGAAGAUCCUGCAUCUAUAUCGCAGACACCAUCGGUGAACACUGUCCAGGAGUCUAAUCAGACAAACACCUGUGAAGGAGUUGGUGUGACAUUACCCCAAAGUCAAGGUGAAGUCCAUGUAGAUAAUGUGCCUCAGGAAAAGGAUCAAGGAGGUGAACGACCAUACAAUUCUCUCUUGCAUGGACAUUAUGAUCCUCAUAACCAGAGGAGAGGUAGGACAAGCACAUCUUCAGUCCCCCAAGGAGUUGGCAUAAAGGAUCCUGUUCGGGAACUGAUCAAGAGAAAAAAAUUGAAAAAGAAACUAUCCCCAAGACAUGGUCGCUUUGUAGCUAUGUCGUCUCUCGCUUCAAAGGGAAUAUCUUCGUUUAACAGGUUUUUGCAUGGCAAAAGUCCUGAGAGGCGUCAUUUCCGAAGUCCCAAGUCAAAACUAUCGCCUGGUAAGAUUAGAGUGACACUGGGUGAUGAAGAAAAUAGUUCUCCUGAUUCUGUGAAGGGAAGUCAGCGAUUGGAAGAAGCAUUUAAAAGCACAAGGACUGAGAAUUCUUCUGGGGAAAGGAGGACCAGUGAUUCAGACGAGGAUUGUAUUCCUCUAGAGACUGCCUUGAGGCAGUUAGAUGAGGAAGAAGAGACCGAGAGGACUGCCAGUCCAAGAGGAGUAGUGGUAGAGAAUUUAGUUGCCCGUAGUUGCGACGAAAGCCCAUCUGAUACUUGUGUUCCUAUGGCAGUGGAUGAACCUACUCUUGUAUCCACUCCUGUCACUGGUAGUAUAGCAUUAGAGACACGCCCAGAUACCAAACAUUCUCCAUUGCAGGUUACGGUGAGGAUUGAUGGUAACGUGACCACAAAUGCACCUGUUCCUAUAUCCGCUGGUCUCAGUGCCAGUUCCGAGCCCAUGCAAGGAAUCACAAUUGGCAGCUCUGUAGGUAUCGCUAGUCAGAUGAUGGCAGUGAACCGAACUCAAAGUCCAACAAGAGAACUGUCAGAGGGAGGCACACCACCAGCCAUCCCAAGCUUGCCAAUGGUCCAGCAGGAGGACACCACAAGCCAGAUGUCUGAGGGUGCUGCAAGCGCAAACAGUAACCCCAAAUUGCCCUUUGACCUCCCAACUGACCAGUUAGAGAUGAUGGCAUCCACUGCGACGGGAGGCAAGUCUCCAACCCUAGACGAACAACCUGGAGCCAGGGAGUUCCUGUCCGGUGGAGAGCAGGGUGGUCCUGGUGAGGAUGGAGAGGAGGAGAUGGAGAUGUGUAGGGGGAGCAAUGUCAAGGUUGCAGCCAAGAGGAUUAAGAGCAAACUGAGGAAGGAUCUGGAGUCAACGGUCGUUCUCUUGGAUCCAGAUAUAGUCAACCAAGACCCACAUAAAGAAGAGCGCGAGCUUGCUUUUGCCAAGGAUUUUCUGGACAGGGUUAAGGAAGCUUUACAUGAUAACUUUGAUCAGUAUCAGCAAUUCCUGAGAGUCUUCAAUGAGCAUUCUGAAGAUCCAAACUCAUCCAUUGCAGAUUUGUACUACUCAGUAAAGGAUGUGUUAACAGAUAGACCUGAUCUGAUAGAAGAAUUCACUGCCUUCAUGCCUCCGGAUGUUGCACUUCAGUGUGGUGUGUUCUUAGAGUGCCUGGAAUUCUCCAAAGCGAGACUGUUUUUACGUCAAGUCGAGGUUCACUUCCACAAACAGCCGGCCCACAUACAGAGGGUCAUCAAGACAAUGGUACAGUGGGGAGAGACACAGCGGAACUAUCAAGAUUUGAAAGAAGCCUUGAUCCCUCUACUGAAAGGACAGCCUCACCUUGAACAGGAGCUCUCAAUGCUGUUCCCUGAUAGCAGGCCACCAGAGAAUUACAUGAUGGACUUUGAAGAAAUUAAUCUAACAGAUGACAAGAAAAUGGCUUGUGAUGACUUUGAGGAGAUUGAGCUAUCAGAGAGUGAAGAGGAAGAAGAAGGGACUGUUGCCAAGCAACAGGGGAGAGGCGCCACUGAUAGGAACAUCCUGGACCCCUGGAAAGGGCUGAAUGAUGAGCUUCAGUAUGGAACCCGGAGCUGUAAAUGUAACUGCCAUGAGACAUCUCAAGACUCCCGUGUUCAACGGAAAACAAGGCAUUGUGCUUAUUGUUCAGCUAUGGUGACCAGAGCAGAGCUGAUCAGCUCGUUGCGUGGUGUAGGCCCUGGACGUAGACGGGCCAUGCGAGAUGGAUCAGUAGGCCGAAGGAGAGGUACCGGUGUGGGCAAAAGACAAGGCAGAGGUUCCAAAUUGACUAAUGGAGCGAAAGGAGAGGACGGCGCCGGAGGCUCGUAUCCAACCAAUGAGGCUGUCAAUCAUCUAUCACAGAUGUGUGAUAAUCUUGCAGACUACCUCCAGGACAAUGCCUCGGCAACGGAAGAUGAAGAUGAUGUAGAGGAUGAUGAGGAUCAUGAUGAUGAAGAAGAGGAUGAUGAUGAAGAUGAUCAUGAUGACGAUGAAGAUGUUGGCGACGAAGAAGAGGAUGAAGAUGAACUCGGUGUUGCUACCGGUGAUGAGGAUGAUGAUGUAGAUCAUGAGGAUGAUAUAGAUGGCCAAGAUGAUAUCGAUGGCCAUGAGGAUGAUGAGGAGGAGGAUGAAGAAGAGGAAGAUGCUGCAGAUGAUAGAGAUGAAGACGAUGAUGAUGAAGGUGGUGUGAUGUCAGAAGACGAUGCAGAUGAUGAAGAAGAGGAUGGAGGAGACAUAAAUCAUAUGACAUCUGGAGAAAGCACAGAUGAUCUCACAGCAGACCAUUCACCUUGUACCAGUCGUGGCAGUAGAGAAACAAUGGGCUCAGGAAAUAGUAACUCUGGGUCCCAGCUGAGUACAAGUCCUGCCUCGUCCCAUACUACCCUCCUUGGGUCAGGCGUUACCAUGGAUACUGAUAGUCGCAGUCUCACAUGCUCACCAACAGAAUUUCAGAUAUCUGUCCAGGAAAAGCCUGAUGAUGUUUCUGUUGAGUCAGAAACAAAGGGUGUUCUUGUUCCUGAUAUGGUGUCUGCAGAGCAUGAGGUCAAAACACAGACUGAUCCAAACUCUGAAUCAACCAAGGGAAAGACUGAAGAGAAACAGGAAAAUGAUGGUGAAGGGUCCAUCGGCAUUGGCCACCAAAAGACUGAGAAUAGACAAGAGGAGACGCCAGCUCCUGCUGGAGACCAGGAGGGGAAAGGAGAACUGAAGGAGCUUAGUGAUGGAGAUCAGGUAGAAGAAGGAAGUGAUCCUCAGCAAUCAUCGUCUGUGGAGACUGAUGGAGCUUCAUCAGGGUUAAACUGGAAUAGAGAUGCAGACAGAGUGUUACUUCAGGCCUGUCAGGAGGAAGGAGCUAGUGAAGAAACUUUCAUCAAAGUAGCUUCUCAUUUGAAUGAUAAAACACCACAACAGGUUAAAGAGAGAUUUGCCACUCUCAUGAAGUUAUUUCACCUGAAAGCAAGUAAUGAUGAUGAGCCAAGCAACGAUGAAGAAGAUGAGGAGGAGGAUGAAGAAGAAAGUGGUGAAGAGGAAGAGGAGAAUGUGGAUGAUGAAACAGAAGUCUAAUAAAAUGAAAAUCCAGUGAGAGCCUGGCAAUGUUUGGGGCAAGGAAGAAUAUGUGAUACAAGGCAAUUGGCCCCCUUGCUUGAUAAACAACAACAAAACAAAAAUAGUUCUUGUACGUUGCAAAGAAUCUCAGAAAAUUGCUAUUGAGACAAAUACAAAUGUAUUUGCCAUGAACAGAAAAGGAAAAAUAUUGCUCUACAGAAAUUUUAAUUUUGCAACUUCAGAAACACAACUUGAUUUUCAGAAGCGCUUAUUUGGGACCUGUACUUGAUUCUUAUAAUUGUGACAAAACACAAUUCCUUCUGUAAAUGUGCAUGUGUUUUCUUUUCUCUUUUCUUUCAAAUCUACAAUUUUUGUUUGCUGUGGGCUGAUAUGGUUUUUUUAUAUGUUUUUAAACAGUAUCCCAUAUUAACAACUCAUUUUUUAGUCAUUAUUCAAACUACCCCCUUUCAUGUGGCCCUGUUACUUCUUAAAUACAAGACCUAUGCUUUGUUCUUGAACUUUGAAUUGUUAUCAAAAUUGCAUACAAUAUUUAAAUGAGAAAAUCCCUGUUUUGUCAAGAAAGAAAUUUAACUGAAUUAUGCUUUAUCAUGAUGCCAUAUUUUAUUUUGACAUCUGUAUUUCCCCUUAGACUGCCACAUUCAAAACUGGUUUGAAUGACAUCAUCCCUCUCCUUUGAUUUUUGGCCGAUAAUUAUUUGGCGACACUGUACAGUAGGUCCUCUUGUAAUUGUGUCAGUUGGUUCAUUUACAGAGCUGUUUUCUCUACAAGUGUCACAAUACACACUGCAUACUAGGUCUUACUUCCUAAAUGUCCUAUUCGAACAUGUGCUCUAGAAUUAAACUUAUUUCUCUGGGUUGUAUACAGACUUAUGGCAAGUUUUUGAGAAUUAAUGCCACUGCUGUGAAAAGUAUUUUGUAUACUCGUUUUGAAUUAAAUGGCAAGUCCACCCCAGAAAAAUAUUAAUUUGAAUAAGAAAAAUCAAACUAGCAUAACGCUGAAAAUUUCAUCAAAAUCUGAUGUAAAAUAAGGAAGUUAUGACAUUUUAAAGUUUCGCAUAUUUUUCACAAACAGUAAUAUGCACAAUUCAGUGACAUGCAAAUGAGACAGUCGAUGAUGUCCCUCACUCACUAUUUCUUUUGUUUUUUAUCGUUUGAAUUAUACAAUAUUUAAAUUUUUACAGAUUUGACAGUAAGGACCAACUUGACUGAACCAUAUAGUAUAAAACAAUGCCAAUUCCACAUAUUCAGGGAGGAAUUAAUCAUUGUUUCACUUGAUAAUGAGGAGAAAAUAGAAUAUUUCAUAUUCCAUAUAAUAAAAUACAAAAGAAAUAGUGAGUGGAUGACGUCAUCUGCCUCCUCAUUUGCAUACCGGUCAGGAUGUGCCUGUAACUGUUUUAUGAAAUUAAGCGAAACUUUAAAAUGUCAUAACUUUCUUAUUUUAUAUCCAAUUUCGAAGAAAUUUUCAGUGUUAUGCUUGUUGGAUUUUUCUCUUUUUAGUCAUAUCAACUGUUUGUUGGGGGUGGACUUGUCCUUUAAAUGAAAAUAGAAGAUGGGCUUAUUUUACUAUAUACAUUGCUGAAAUAUGUGUGAUUUGUAUAGAUAUGUGAGAAAUGUAAUCCUGUUUUCUAAGUUUUGUAUGUUUGUUUGUUUUUUGCUCUAAAGAAAUUACCCAAGCUUGCCAAAAUAGUAUUGAAUUAGAGUGAGUGAUUACAGCUAUUUUGGAGUGAAACUUAAUUUAUUCCCAUGAUUUAGGUAUUUGACUUUGAGUGAAUGCUUAUUUCAUAAUUUUUGUAUUUUUAUUAUUCAUCUUACAUGUUCUUUUUCUGAUAACAUGAAGGCAGUUGAUUAAUAUUUUUUUAGAUAGAAUUGUGAUAUGAUAAGAUUAGAUAUUGAUGAUGUGUGCAAAAAUCAUGGUGGUUUGCAUUUAAUCUAAUUUGUAAUUCCUGCCAUGUAUACCUGCUACUCAAUUAAAUGUAUAAAGAUUGUCUUUUGAGGAAUUAUAUUCUAGAAAUAAAGAUCUUUUUUUGACCAGUGACUAACCAGUUGUAGUAUAUCCAUAUAUAAAUUGCACAUUAUGAAUUCACAGUUAUUUUAGGAAUUCUUUCCUCCAGAAUUCACUCAAUGAUUAUGUCUGCUUUUUUCCUCUUUAUUGACAUUUUCAUCACAUGAUUGUGAUUUGUUUAUUUAUUAUGGUAAAUCUAAUUUUAGUGCCUCCCUUCUCCCAAGAUAUAGACAUAUGGUGAUAUAAUCUUGGUAUUUAUUUUGUUGAUGACAUAUCAUACAACUCCCAUCAUUCAUGCUGUACAUUUUGUUAAGUAUAUCUGCCUUUUGGUGCAAUUUUAUUUGUAAUGAGUGGUAAACUGCUGUAAACAAAAAGUUUGUUAAUUGCUAUAUUUUGUUGGUCUUCUGUACAUACUUGUAAAUACAGGAACAGUUUUGUAUUUCUGAUCUUGCAAAAAGCAAAUAUAAACCUGAGAGUUCUGAAUUAUGGAAA